GGAAGACAUAUUUGCGCAUUCCUUUAAUCUUGUAAGUGACGUGGCCUGAACGUUGUUCGAGAGAGAGAAAAUUAUUAUUUUUUACAAAAAUUUAUGUAACUUUCUCAGUAUACUAAAGGGAUUAUAUUAGUGAAUACAGAAUAGUGCUAAUUAAUUUACAUUUUUGUGUAUGAAGAUAAUCUAUGAUGACGACAUAUGAAGAUUUUAUUCAACAAAACGAAGAUAGGGACGGUGUGCGUUUAACAUGGAACGUAUUUCCCUCAUCACGUAUCGAUGCUACCAGACUGGUUGUUCCAUUAGGUGCUUUAUACCAACCAAUUAAAGAACGAGCAGAUCUUCCACCAAUUCAAUAUGAUCCAGUUUUAUGUACAAGAUCUACCUGCAGAGCUAUUUUAAAUCCAUUAUGUCAAGUGGACUAUCGUGCAAAACUAUGGGUCUGCAAUUUUUGCUUUCAGAGAAAUCCUUUUCCACCACAAUAUGCUGCAAUUUCAGAACAACAUCAACCUGCAGAACUUAUCCCAAUGUUCUCAACAAUUGAGUAUACAAUAAUGCGUGCUCAAUGUUUACCACCUAUAUUUCUACUUGUUGUGGAUACUUGCUUGGAUGAUGAAGAAUUAGGAGCACUUAAAGAUUCAUUACAAAUGUCAUUAUCUCUACUUCCACCUAACGUCCUCAUCGGUCUCAUCACAUUUGGUAAAAUGGUACAAGUUCAUGAAUUGGGAUGCGAUGGUUGUAGUAAAAGUUAUGUAUUUCGUGGCACAAAAGAUCUUCAACCAAAACAAGUUCAAGAUAUGUUGGGUAUUGGUAGACCAAUUCCAGGACAAAAUCCAAAUCAGCCGAGAGGACCUAGUAUACAGCCAUUACCACCUGCUAAUCGUUUCUUACAACCUGUACACAAAUGUGAUAUGAGUUUAACAGAUCUUUUAGGAGAGUUACAACGUGAUCCUUGGCCUGUUGGACCAGGAAAACGUCCAUUACGAUCUACAGGUGUGGCAUUGGCAGUUGCCACAGGUCUUUUAGAAGCUAGUUAUGCAAAUACUGGAGCUAGGAUUAUGUUAUUCGUUGGUGGACCAUGUUCUCAAGGACCUGGCCAAGUAGUAACUGAUGAUUUGCGACAACCAAUUAGAUCACAUCAUGAUAUUCAAAAGGAUAAUGCUAAGCACAUGAAGAAGGCAACUAAGCAUUACGAUGCACUUGCAUCACGUGCUGCAACUAAUGGUCAUAUAAUAGAUAUUUAUUCUUGUGCUCUUGAUCAAACUGGUUUAUUAGAAAUGCGUCAAUGUUGUAAUUCUACUGGCGGUCACAUGGUCAUGGGAGAUUCAUUUAAUUCUUCUUUAUUUAAACAAACUUUUCAACGGGUAUUUGUUAAGGAUGCUAAAGGUAACCUGAAAAUGGCAUUCAAUGCCACUUUAGAAGUAAAAACAUCGCGGGAGAUUAAAGUUUCUGGAGCAAUUGGACCUUGCGUAUCAUUAGGAGUGAAAGGCUCUAGUGUUGGGGAACAAGAAGUAGGUUUGGGUGGUACUUGUCAAUGGAAAUUUUGUUCGUUGACACCAUCUACAACAACAGCAUUAUUCUUUGAAGUUGUAAAUCAACAUACAGCUCCAAUUCCGCAAGGUGGAAGAGGCUGUAUUCAAUUUAUUACUCAAUAUCAACAUAGUAGUGGACAAAGAAGAAUUAGACUUACUACUGUUGCAAGAAAUUGGGCAGAUGCAUCAUCAUCACUGCAUCAUAUAAGCGCUGGAUUUGACCAGGAAGCAGCAGCUGUUCUCAUGUCGCGUUUGGCUGUAUUCAAAGCAGAAAGUGAUGACAGUCCAGAUGUUUUAAGAUGGGUUGAUCGUAUGCUGAUUAGACUUUGUCAAAAGUUUGGAGAAUAUGCAAAAGAUGAUCCAAAUAGCUUUAGAUUGGCACAAAACUUUUCUAUGUAUCCACAAUUUAUGUAUCACCUGCGCAGGUCCCAAUUUUUGCAAGUAUUUAAUAAUUCUCCAGAUGAAACCAGCUUUUAUAGGUAAAGUUAUUUCUUAUUUUUAUGAAA